AUGGGAAAACAUAGACAUCGUGGUGGUGGCGGUGGCGGUGGUGGUGGCGAUGGUGGUGGUGGAGGUGGUGGUCGCGGUGGCCGUGGUGGUGGCGGUCGCGGCGGUGGUCGUGGUGGUGGAAGUGCCGGUGGUGGUACUCAAAAACAUGGAAAAAUUUUGUAUAAUUCAGGCGAGGAACCAGCAUUUAUACGACAAUUUAAACAACGUACAGGAUAUCAAGCACCAAUAACAGCGGAAGAAAAACAUAGAACAAAUAUCAAUGACAUAAAUGAUCCUAAUGAUCGACCACGUGAUGGAGAUUAUCGAAAAGAUGAUGAAAAACCUCAGAUUGUGCAAUUAAAUUCAAACGAUUUAAGUAAAGAAGAAGUUGAACUUGAAAUGACAAAAGCAAAAGAAGCUGAUGAAGAAAAAAAAUGUAUUGAUCCUACUGGUCGUUUAUUAUUUCGUAAACCAAAAGAAAAAUCUGAUGAAAGUGAUGUGUCUACCAUCAAACCUGACAUUAUUAAUAUGGCUUCAACUAAAACAACAAAACGAAAAGCUCCAACAACAAUAACAACUACUACACAAAACGACGAAAGUGAUCAUGGAAUUUCGAAUGAGAAAAAAAAGACUAAAACACAAUUACUUUCAUUUAUGGAUGAAAGUGGCUUUGAUGGAGACGAUUAA